UUUUUUUGGUGUGACAGACUCUCUCUCUGUCUCUCACACACUGUGUUUCUCUUCUCAAUUUCUCAUCAAUCAUUCAAAAUUUGUUAAUCUCUCACUGUUUGUAAUUAUUGCAGUGCCGUUUUCUGUAGAUCUGGUUGCAGUUUUCUCAGCUCUCAAUAAGUUGUUGAGGUUGUGGGUUGGUGUGUGACGGAAAGGGGAACAUUUCGGAACAAGCUUUUGUCUUGGAUCAUGGGCCCAGAUACAUGGAAUGUUAACAAGGCUGGUCAAUGAGGAACUCAAUGAGUGGGCUCAGGUGGAAUCACAGUCCAUGGGCACCCCUGAAAAGAAAGUAUCUGACUUCAUUGAUGUAGUUAGAUCCUGGAUCCCCAGACGGGCUGAUUCACCAAAUGUGUCCAGGGACUUCUGGAUGCCCGAUCAGAGUUGUAGGGUAUGCUAUGAGUGUGAUUCUCAGUUCACAAUAUUCAACCGCAGGCAUCACUGUCGAAUCUGUGGUCGAGUUUUCUGUGCAAAAUGCACUGCCAAUUCUAUUCCUGUGCCAUUGGAUGGGACAAGUACUGGUCGUGAAGAUUGGGAAAGGAUUAGGGUUUGUAACUUUUGCUUUAAUCAAUGGCAGCAGGCGGUAGCAACUGUUGAUAAUGGCACUCCUUCAGCCACCCCUUGUCUCAGCCCUUCACCAUCUACAACAAGCUUGGUCAGCACUAAGUCUAGUUGCACCUGUCAUAGUAGCAGCACUGCUGGUUCAGUUCCUUACUCAACCGGGCCUUAUCAACGUGUACCAUAUAGUCCACAUCAGUCUUCCGAAAUGAAUACAGUAACAGAUGAGCAAGAAAAUUUAAAUUCUGGGAGCACAAAUCCCUCUGCGGAUGUAGAGAAUUUGUCUUCUAACCAAUUUAGUUAUUGCUUCAACAGGAGCGAUGAUGAGGAUGAUGAUUAUGAUGUUGAUACUGAUACAGAAUCAAGGCAUUUCUCUCAUGCCAAUCACUAUGACGGUCCAGUUAACAUCCAUGAGAUAGACCGUGUCUAUGGACCACAUAUAAAUCAUUCUGAUGGUGAUAACUUUCAGGAAACAAGUUCGAGUUGCCUAACAGCAACACCGAAUCUUGAUCAAGAAGGCGUAGAUGGAGUUCAAGCUCCUGGAAAAGAAGCUGAUGAGCAUGAUCAUGAUGGAUGUGAAACAUCUCCCUAUCAUGAGGAGAGUAGUAAUGCGGAGCCUGUGGACUUUGAGAAUAAUGGACUUCUGUGGCUACCUCCUGAACCAGAAGAUGAAGAGGAUGAUAGAGAAGCUGCUCCUUUUGACGAUGAAGAUGAAGAUGAAGGUAGUACUGGAGAAUGGGGAUAUCUACGAUCCUCCAAUAGCUUUGGCUCUGGAGAAUCCCGUAACAGAGAUAAAUCAAUUGAGGAUAGUAGGAAGGCCAUGAAGAAUGUAGUGGAAGGGCAUUUUAGAGCUCUGAUAGCUCAGCUUUUACAGUCGGAGGAACUAAGUAUUUGUGAUGAAGAGAAUAAAGAGAGAUGGUUGGAUAUAAUUACCACUUUGUCUUGGGAAGCUGCUACACUUCUGAAGCCUGAUAUGAGCGGGGCUGGAGGUAUGGACCCUGGUGGAUAUGUAAAGGUUAAAUGCAUAGCGUGUGGGCAUCCAAAAGAAAGUGUGGUGGUUAAAGGAAUUGUUUGUAAGAAGAAUGUGGCUCAUCGGCGGAUGACAUCAAAAAUUGAUAAACCACGUUUUCUAAUACUUGGAGGUGCUUUGGAGUAUCAGCGUGUUUCUAACCAGUUAUCGAGUGUUGACACUUUGUUACAGCAGGAGAUGGACCAUUUGAAGAUGGCGGUUGCAAGGAUUGCUGCUCACCACCCCAAUGUUCUUUUGGUAGAGAAGUCAGUAUCUCGUUAUGCUCAAGAAUAUCUUCUCGCUAAAGACAUAUCGCUUGUUCUGAAUAUUAAAAGGCCGCUUUUAGAGCGUAUUGCUCGUUGUACUGGGGCACAGAUUGUCCCUUCAAUUGAUCAUCUGACCUCCCAAAAGCAGGGUUAUUGUGAAACCUUCCAUGUGGACAAAUUUUUUGAGGAGCAUGGUACUGCUGGGCAAGGUGGGAAAAAAUCAACGAAGACUUUGAUGUUCUUUGAGGGUUGUCCAAAACCUUUAGGUUGCACUAUCUUGCUCAAAGGUGCCAAUGGGGAUGAGUUGAAGAAGCUGAAACAUGUGGUCCAGUAUGGAAUCUUUGCAGCCUAUCAUCUGGCGCUGGAGACAUCUUUUCUGGCUGAUGAAGGUGCCUCACCUCUAGAGUUUCCCUUGAAAUCUCCCAUAACCGUUGCAUUACCUGAUAAUCGAUCUAGUAUUGUGAGAUCAAUUUCAACUAUCCCUGGAUUUACUGUUACCACUCCUCGAGAACAUCAAGGAUCUGAAACUAUUAAAGAGGUACCAAAAUCUAAUGAUCGCCACAACACAGAAAGAACCCCAUCUAGAUGCAGUGGGUCCUUCGAAAGAUCACAGGUUGGUGACUCCAUCCACAUGCAUGAAGUCUUUGGAGAAGUCACCCGGCCAGUUCAGGAUAUGACAUCUACCCACUGCAAUAGUUUCCUCGCAGAUACUGAUUCUAAGGAGGAUGUUAAGAAAUGUCCCAAGGAAUUUUUUCAAUACAGACAAGAUGAGAGCGGGGAAAUGAUGUUGAACAAUGAUCAUAUUUCAGAUUCUUUUGGCACCUUUGAACCUUCAGUGCAAGAAGGCAAUAACCACAUCAAAGCUGUAGCAUUGGCUUCACAUCAAGGAGCUAACCCUGAGCCACCUAUUGUAAAAAUUGACAAUUAUAAUAAUGAUGAUGAUGACAUGCUACAUUCGAAAGAAGAUUUUCCUGCCUCAACUUCUGACCAUCAGAGUAUUUUGGUCUUUUUAUCAACACGUUGUGUGUGGAAAGGAACUGUUUGUGAAAGGUCCCAUCUUGUUAGAAUUAAAUACUAUGCAACUUCUGAUAAGCCUUUGGGACGGUUUUUGAGAGAUCGACUAUUUGAUCAGAGUUACACUUGCUGCUCAUGCGAGAUGCCUCCAGAAGCUCAUGUUCAAUGUUAUACUCACCGCCAAGGGAGCCUGACAAUUGCUGUUAAGAAACUACCAGAGUUUCCAUUACCAGGGGAAAGGGAUGGUAAAAUCUGGAUGUGGCACAGAUGCUUGAAAUGUCCUCGUGUAAAUGGUUUUCCUCCUGCUACACGAAGAAUAGUUAUGUCUGAUGCAGCUUGGGGCUUAUCCUUUGGGAAAUUUUUGGAGCUGAGUUUUUCAAAUCAUGCAGCAGCAAGCAGGGUUGCAAGUUGCGGUCAUUCUCUCCACAGAGAUUGUUUAAGAUUCUACGGUUUCGGGAAGAUGGUUGCCUGCUUUAGCUAUGCUUCAAUUCACCUACAUUCUGUUUUUCUUCCCCCACCUAAACUUGAAUUCAACCAUGAUACUCAAGACUGGCUACAGAAAGAAGCGCUUGAGGUACAUGACAAGGCUGAAAUACUUUUUAGUGAAGUGUGCAAUGGUCUACAUCAAAUUUCAGAGAAGAUUUCAGGUCCUAUGCUGCAGGAGGGUGGAAAUAUUGUGGCAAAAUUUAAGCUCCUAGUAGCUGAACUUAAAGGAAUUCUGCAGAAAGAGAAAGAAGAAUUUGAGGACUUGUUACAAAAGUUGCUGCAUAAAGAGCCCAAAGCUGGCCAGUCUAUGGUUGAUAUUCUAGAGCUCAAUAAAUUGCGCAGGCAUAUCCUUACUCAUUCUUAUGUUUGGGACCGGCGCCUUAUAUAUGCUUCCAAUCUAAGUAAAACUACUCUCCAAGAAGAUUCAAGGAAUUCCUAUCUGAAAGAGAAGUCAAUUAGUUCUAAGGAAAAGGUUGCUGAGAAAGAUGCGGCUUCUAGGUUCACAAGAGGCCAUAGCAGUUGUGACUCUCUUCAUUUGGAAACAAAGCCUGAUGGAAACCUUAAUUUAGAAAACACUAGCCGCCUUAACCAGUCUGGUGAAGUGAUUAAAGGCGAGGACAAAGGUAAAGACAAAAGUCAUGAUAAGGUUGAUCUUUCUCUCUCUGGUGGUGCAAAUGUCAAUGAUAAAUCUAACUCUCUGGAGUUUGGAGGAGCUGGAAGGAGGGCUUCGCCAGAGGGGGGAUCUCCUACUGUUGCUAAUUUAUCCGAUACCCUUGAUGCUGCAUGGACGGGUGAAAGUCACCCUACAAGUUUAUCAUUCAAAGAAAAUGGUUGUCUUCCUCCUGAUUCAGCAGUUGUGACAGUUCAUUCACCUGUGGCAAAUAUAGUUUCAACAACAUCAAAUUCUGAUAAUUAUACUGCUGAUAUAGGUGGGACUGAGACAGGGCACAUUAAGUUGCUUCCCAAAGGACUUGAUGCUAGAUGGAGUGGGAUGCCUUUUGCAAAUUUGUAUUCGUUCAACAAAACAUCUACCGUCAAUACACAGAAGCUUGUUGAGUACAACCCAGUCCACAUUCCAUCAUUUCGAGAGUUGGAGCGCCAGAUUGGUGCUAGACUGCUUCUGCCUGCUGGUAUUAAUGACACCAUAGUACCUGUCUAUGAUGAUGAACCCACUAGUGUUAUAGCACAUGUACUCGUGUCAAUAGAUUAUCACAUACAAAUGUCAGAAUCUGAUAGACCUAAAGACAGUUUAGACAGUUCAGUCUCAUUGCCUCUCUUUGAUUCAACAAGUCUACUUUCUCUUGGCUCUUUUGAUGAGACACUUACUAAUACUUACAGAAGUUUUGGCUCUUCUGAUGAGAGCAUGCUAUCCACUUCUGGGUCUCGGAGUUCGCUGGCUGGGGAUCCACUCUUAUACACAAAGGAUUUUCAUGCAAGGGUUUCUUUUGCUGAUGAUAGCUCCCUUGGAAAGGUGAAAUAUACUGUAACUUGCUACUAUGCAAAGAGAUUUGAGGCUCUAAGAAAAAUCUGUUGCCCUUCUGAGCUAGAUUUUGUGCGGUCCCUUAGUCGUUGUAAGAAGUGGGGGGCUCAAGGAGGAAAGAGCAAUGUUUUCUUUGCGAAAACCCUGGACGAUAGAUUUAUUAUCAAACAGGUUACAAAGACGGAGCUUGAGUCAUUUAUAAAGUUUGCUCAGGCUUAUUUUAAAUAUUUAUCUGAGUCAAUCAGCACAGGAAGCCCAACUUGCCUAGCAAAGAUUUUGGGAAUUUAUCAGGUAACAUCAAAACAUGUCAAAGGAGGGAAGGAAACAAAAAUGGAUGUUUUGGUUAUGGAGAAUCUUCUUUAUAGGCGUAACAUUAGACGGCUUUAUGACCUUAAAGGUUCUUCUCGAUCAAGGUACAAUCCAGAUACAAGUGGGAGCAAUAAAGUUCUGCUGGAUCAGAAUCUCAUCGAAGCUAUGCCAACCUCUCCAAUAUUUGUGGGGAACAAGGCAAAGCGGUUGCUCGAGAGGGCCGUGUGGAAUGAUACAGCAUUCCUUGCAUCAAUAUAUGUGAUGGACUACUCAUUGCUGGUUGGAGUGGAUGAGGAAAAACAUGAGCUGGUUUUAGGAAUUAUUGAUUUUAUGAGACAAUAUACAUGGGACAAGCAUCUUGAAUCUUGGGUGAAGACCACAGGCAUCCUUGGAGGACCCAAGAAUGCUUCUCCAACUGUUAUAUCACCACAGCAGUACAAGAAACGGUUCAGGAAAGCCAUGAGUUUAUAUUUUCUCAUGGUGCCAGAUCAAUGGUCUCCUCCAGGUUUAAACCCCACUGGCUCCCAAUCUGAUCACUGUGAUGAAAAUUCCUGAGGGGGUCCAUUUUGAUUGAUUUUGCAUUAUGUAAAUGUCAAAGAUUCCAGCUUCAUCCCAUUUAUACCAGCAAUUUUUGUCUGCUGCAUUGUAUUUAUGUGAUGCAUGGUGCAGCUGUUAUUUUGUGUCCAUCUAGAGAACAUCGAAGGUGCACCUUUGAAAAGGGUAUGUUGGAUCAUGUCUAUAAAGGGUAACUGUACAGUGAAAUCUCAAAAUUGUAUAUCGUGUAUUACAUCUCUUGCUUUGCGAGUUGUCUUUA